AUGGCAUCCCCUGCGUCACGUCACUCUAUAGAUAGCCUUUCGCCUACAUCACCGGGAACAAUUCGUAGCGAAUACACCUCAAGAGCAGGCACAAAUACCAGAUUUCAGCCCAGGAACAGUCUCGGAAUUGGUAAAUUGAACUCCAUCGGGGGUACACUUGAUACAGCAACGCAUUGGCAAGGACUGAUAGAAACGGGACAGAAUGCUAUUCAUACUCUGCUACAAUCUCCUAUUGUCCGGACUGGUUCAAAUUCCCACACCUUAUUAUCGACAUCAAGCAUACAUAAACCCCCUACAAUGCGGGAUAUACCACCAGUCACUUUAACACCAAUACCCCAAGUUGAUCCAGCAGUAUUCAGCUCAUAUAUCACCCAGGUUGGGGCUCUUUACGGUGCAUUACAAAGAGCUAAGAACUGCGAAGAAGAGGACAUGCUGUCUUCUAGGAAAUCAAGUAAAUCUGACAAUUCGAUAGACCCUCAGGAACAUGGAAGGAGAUUGUCUAGCCGAUCAAGUAUGUCUAAAAAAGCAUCUGUUUCUUCUUUAUCCUCGGUUGAAACAACACGCAGAAAGUCAAGUGGAGGUAGGAGAGCUACCUACAUUCCAACGCCACUUUCGACAAUUCCUAGUGUAUAUUUCGAUGAGAGUUUUCAUCUUGAAAACCCGCGAACAUUUGAUGUUGUCAGCGAGCGGUCAGAGCUAGUUAGACCCAUGUCAACAGCUAACGAAGAGCGAAAAGAUCCAUAUAGUAAUUCGGCUAUACCGAGAAAAGCCUUAGCUACAAACGCGAUCUUGCAGGAAAAGUUAUCCUGGUACAUGGAUACAAUUGAAAUUCAUCUAGUAAACUCUAUCUCGUCUGCUUCAAAAUCCUUUUUUGCAGCCCUAGGCUCAUUAAGAGAACUUCAUUUAGAAGCUUCUGUAUCCGUCAAUCGAAUAAAGUCCUUAAGGGGAGAACUCCAAGCAUUAGAUGACGACAUGGCCGUUGGUGGGCUAAAUAUUAUUCAGUUAAAGCAGAGAAAAGAAAAUAUGAAUCGUCUCAGCGACGCUGUACUCCAGCUUAGGGAUAUAGUUGAGAUUGUAGCAAAUUGCGAGGCUCUAGUCGAGAGCGGUGAUAUAGAUGAAGCCCUUGAUACAAUUGAUACCCUAAAAAAGUUGAUCUCAGGUGAGGAAACAUGUAGCAUUACCAAGAGACAAGUGCGAGACCUACGUGGGGCUAAAGCCUUGUUGAGUGUCACAAAUGAUGUAGAAAUACUACGUGUUCGGAUUGGAAAAGCCUUUGAAGUACGGUUCUUGAAUACGUUAAUGAAUGACCUCAGGCGUCACGUCGAAUCGGUAUCAGCACCUGAUACUCUACAACGAUGGAGUCUUGCAUCCCAACGAUCAAGGAGUCAUAAUCGGGGGCCAUCGUCUCCUGCAUAUCUUUCAAUUACGUCUCAAUUUAGAUCAGAAUUAACAGCUAAUCUCAACGGGCUUCAUCGUGCGCAAUACACGUCCUCUGCUACCACUGCGUAUCGGGAAUCAGUUCUACGAGAGGUAAGAAAUAUAGUCAGGCGAAGGCUUCCGGCUUCAAGCGAUGAUGACGCUGAAUCUAUGAUGUCGGCCUCGACCACUCCUGAAAACCGAGCAAAGACUCAGCAAGAGAAAUCAUCAAUUUUGGCUCGGAACUUGCGAUCACUUGAGCCUGAGGAUUCUGAAGAGCUUUUGAGGAAAAUUUAUAUCGGUAUCGGCGAGACGCUCAGGAGGCUUGGAACACAGGUAAAAAUUUUACUAGAUAUCACCAGUUCAUUUGACGAACAUGCAUCUCCUAUCAAUUCACCUCAUAGCUCAAUAGCGGGAAAUAUCGAUGAAAUAUUGAAACAAGCUUCAUCAAGUGGGAGUCCGAGCUCAGAAGAUCGUGAGAGAAUGGAUCUCACUCUGGACAUGUCGAAUCUACUUGGUCAGUCUGUUGACAUUGCUCAAGACAAAAUUGUCAAACUUCUACGAGUAAGAUCUGAGCAGACUACUCACCUUUCUGUAGAGAAUUUUCUCCGUUAUUUUACUUUGAAUUUGCUCUUUGCUAAUGAGUGUGAAGCUAUUUCUGGAAGGAGUGGUAUAUCUCUGAAAAAUGUGGUUAACGGCCAUAUUAGUGAUUUUUCUCGCCAGCUUAGUGAAACACAGAGGCAAAAUCUUGCAACAGAGAUGGAGGCCGACUCCUGGAACGCAAGGGAAUUCACGGAGGCAGAUAGUAUGGCUUUAUCACGUAUAAUUCUAUCUAGCACAGAGGAUGUCCCGGCUUGGAACGCAAGUUGUAAUAUAUGGUUGAACCCAUCAACUUUAGAGCCAGAAUCCGUCGCUAAAAAAUCUGACUCGGUAUCUGAGCCCACAAACACCCUGUCUGGGGUUACUUCUUUCAAAGCAGGAAUUCGCUGUGCAGUUAUAGAAUCUGAAUCAUUCGUUCUCACUCACUCGGCAACUUUAUGUCUUCAUGGAAUCUCAUCCUUCAUUCACCUUUCCACAGGCAUCCCCUCAAUAAUGUCUGAAAUAGCUGCGUCAAUCAUUUCAUACUUGACUCUUUUCAACUCACGCUGUACACAACUUAUAUUGGGGGCUGGUGCAACUCGCUCUGCAGGUCUUAAGAAUAUUACCACCAAACACCUUGCGCUGGCCUCCCAGGCUCUCUCAUUUAUUUGUGUAAUCAUAUCGCACGUAAGAGAGUUUUUUCGUCGACGUAAUCCAUCAAAUCUCACUACCAUUGGCGAAUUCGAAAAGGUAAGAAAGGCAUACCUCGAGCAUCAAAAAUCAAUUUACGAUAAGCUUAUAAAUAUAAUGGCUAGUCGUUCGGCGGCUCAUAUCAAAAGCAUGCGAUCUGUAGAUUGGUCCAAGGAGAAGGACGGUAUUAAUCCGUACAUGGAAGUACUGACAAGAGAAACAAGUACUCUACACAGAGUCCUUAGUAAGCAUCUACCCGAAGAAACAGUUUGUACAGUCAUGCGACCAGUCUUGUCUAAUUACAGAGAACAAUGGGGAAAGGCGUUCGAGGAAGUAGAUCUAGAAAGUGAAAGUGAAAAAGAAAGGAUGCUCCGAGAUGUCGAGUGGCUCAAGACUAAGAUUGAUACCCUAGAGAGCUCGGGUGAGACAGGAGAAUUUCUUGUUAGGCUAGUAAGAGAUAAGAUCUUACCGAAAUCCAAGAUAGCUGCCUUACCGAACGAUAAACAAACAAACCAGUUUGAGGAAUCUGCUACCCCCCAUGGUAAUGACAGCAGAUGA